GCCCGAGGGUCGGCCAUGGGCCCGGGCGCGUGGCUGCGCUGCCUGGCGCUGGGCUGCUGCUGCUGCCUGGCCGGGCGGUGGGGCGGCCCGGCGGUGGCGGCGGCGCUGGGCGGCGGCGAGUACUGCCACGGCUGGGUGGACGCGCGCGGCGCCUACUCGGCCGGCUUCGCCUGCCCCGAGCGCUUCGACGCGCCCGACGCCGCCAUCUGCUGCGGCUCGUGCGCCCUGCGCUACUGCUGCGCCGACGCCGGCGCGAGACUCGAGCAGGGCGGCUGCACCAACGACCCGGCGCAAGCGGAACAGCCGGCCGGGAGCGCCCAACCAGUCUAUGUGCCAUUCCUGAUCGUCGGAUCAAUAUUCCUUGCCUUCCUUUUCGUGGGCUCCUUUGUCGCCGUUUAUUGCUGCACGUGUUUAAGGCCGAAGCAAACGCUGCCACAGCCGAUCCGGUUUUCUCUCCGAAGCUACCAGAUGGAGACUUUGCCAAUGAUCUUGACCUCCACUAGCUUAAGGACUCCAUCGAGGCAAUCUAGCUCUGCCGCCAGCUCAAGUUGCACGGCCAGCUCUCUCGGCAAGUUUUCAUUUGCCAGGCCAGAGUCUAGCUGUACAGCGGCACCUUCACCUCCACCUUACACGCCAGGCUGCUUGCAAAUGGGCCACUCUGUCAGCCUCUCUCAGCCCUCUGGGUUUUUGGUGUCGGGACCAUAUUUCUCCUAUCCUCUGGACUCCGAGCCGUCUCUAACUGGGAAGAGCGUUCCGGAAACUUAGCCAGAGCUGAGCGAAGCAUUCGAAACAGCGAUUUCGCUAAGAAGCACAAUGGACUCCUGUGUUACGUGGUUUUCAUUGUGGUGUUCUCUGCUUACGGAACUGAAAAUAACGUGAAUGGGUGAGUUACCCUUUAGAAAAAGUGUCAAUUAUUGCAGGAAUUUUCGUUUGGUACUAGGACUUGCCGAUCAGAAGGUUGGGGGUUCGAAUCCCCAUGACGGGGUGAGCUCCCGUUGUUCAGUCCCUGCUCCUGCCAACCUAGCAGUUCAAAAGCACAUCAAAGUACAAGUAGAUAAAUAGGUACCGCUCAGGUGGGAAGGUAAAUGGUGCUUCUGUGCGCUGCUCUGGUUCACCAGAAGCGGCUUAGUCAUGCUGGCCACAUGACCCGGAAGCUGUACGCCGGCUCCCUCGGCCAAUAAAGCGAGAUGAGUGCCACAACCCCAGAGUCGGCCACGACUGGGCCUAAUGGUCAGGGGUCCCUUUACCUUUACUGGUCUAAAACAU